CUUUUUCAUCUAUUCCAAGGCAGCUUAACAGAGAGAGAAGAAGAUCCGUCCUUGUGUCAGCCUGUUUGCUGGUGAAGGAUUCAAAGAUGUCUCUUCUCUCGGAUUUGAUUAACAUGAACCUGUCUGAUUCAACAGACAAGAUCAUUGCAGAGUACAUAUGGAUUGGGGGCUCUGGAAUGGAUAUGAGGAGCAAAGCAAGGACAAUUUCUCACCCAGUGAACGAUCCUAGCCAGCUCCCAAGGUGGAACUAUGAUGGCUCUAGCACUGGUCAAGCUGCCGGUGAAGACAGUGAAGUCAUUCUCUACCCACAAGCUAUUUUCCGUGAUCCAUUCAGGAGAGGAGAUAACAUCUUGGUGAUGUGUGACACAUAUACGCCUUCUGGAGUGCCACUUGAUUCAAACAAGCGGUACAAGGCUGCGGAAAUAUUCAGCCAUCCUGAAGUUGCAGCAGAGGAAACCUGGUAUGGCAUAGAGCAGGAAUACACUCUUCUUCAAAAGGAUGUUAACUGGCCUCUUGGAUGGCCAGUUGGUGGUUUCCCCGGUCCUCAGGGGCCUUACUACUGUAGUGUUGGUGCUGAUAAAUCAUUUGGCCGCGACAUUGUAGAUGCCCACUACAAGGCAUGCAUUUAUGCAGGCAUCAACAUAAGUGGCAUCAAUGGUGAGGUCAUGCCAGGCCAGUGGGAAUUCCAAGUUGGUCCUUCAAUUGGUGUCUCUGCUGGUGACGAGCUCUGGGUCGCCCGUUACCUUCUUGAGAGGAUCACCGAGAUGGCAGGAGUUGUCCUCUCAUUGGACCCAAAGCCAAUUCCAGGAGACUGGAAUGGAGCCGGUGCUCAUACGAAUUACAGCACAAAGUCAAUGAGGAAAGAGGGAGGUAUGAAAGUGAUUGAGGCUGCUAUUGCGAAACUCGGUCUGAGGCACAAAGAACACAUUGAAGCAUAUGGAAAAGGAAACGAGCGCCGCUUGACUGGGCGGCACGAGACCGCAGAUAUUAACACAUUUGUCUGGGGUGUUGCAAACCGUGGUGCAUCAAUCAGGGUCGGCCGUGACACUGAAAGAGCUGGAAAGGGAUACUUCGAGGACAGGAGGCCUGCUUCCAACAUGGAUCCCUAUGUUGUGACCUCCAUGAUUGCUGAGACUACGAUCCUGUGGAAGCCAUGAAGUCCAAGCUGACCUGCCUGCCUUGUGUUUCUGGGGGCAUUUUUCUUGUGGUGUUUCUUACUGCAUUUUGUGGGCUUUGUAUUUGAGAUGCACUGCUUUCAGGGAGUUUUGGUUUGUGUGUAUUGCAGUUUCUGUUCUGUUCCGUGCCUCCGAGGAUAAGUUGGUAGGGAAGGUUGACACCAUUCAACCUCCACUUGUACACCAAUUAAGCUGUUUUAAUAACUGAUGUCAAUUUCUAAUAAAAUGUAAU